CUAUUUUCCUUAGCUUCGUGAAUUCUAGACAGCAUUGCAUCGCAUUUGAUUUUUAAACGAUGCGCCACUGCUAGCGCAUACUCUGAACUCUCACCAUAUAUAUAUAAUGCGCCGGCGGUGCGCAUGGAGAUAACCUACGCAUCCCCUAGCUUCUCCGACCUCCGCGCCAUGCCGUCGUCGGCGACCGCCGCGCGUCCCGUCAGGAUCAUUCCCCUGCAGCACCCGACCGCCACGACGUCGUCGCCGCAGCCGAACGCCGCCUUCUCGCGCUGGACGGCGAAGCUCCGGCGAAUGACGUGGCUGGAGUGGAUUGAAUUCUUCCUCCCUUGCCUCCGCUGGAUUCGCAUCUACAACUGGCGCGAGUAUUUCCAGGUCGAUCUCAUGGCCGGAAUCACCGUCGGCGUCAUGCUCGUUCCUCAGUCGAUGUCGUAUGCGAAAUUGGCUGGACUUCAACCGAUAUAUGGACUCUACUCUGGUUUUGUGCCCCUAUUUGUAUAUGCCAUAUUUGGGUCUUCUCGCCAGCUUGCAGUAGGUCCGGUGGCAUUGGUUUCUCUCUUGGUCUCUAAUGUGCUGGGUAGCAUAGCUGAUUCAUCCACUGAAUUAUACACAGAGCUGGCAAUAUUACUGUCCCUUAUGGUUGGGAUAAUGGAGUGUAUAAUGGGACUCUUGAGGCUUGGAUGGCUGAUUCGUUUCAUUAGCCAUUCAGUGAUUUCUGGCUUUACAACUGCUUCGGCUAUUGUCAUUGGUUUAUCUCAAGCGAAAUACUUCUUGGGGUAUGAUAUAGAUGGGAGUAGCAAGAUCAUUCCAGUAGUUAAGAGUAUAAUAGCUGGAGCAGAUAAGUUUUCAUGGCCUCCUUUUGUGAUGGGAUCCAUUAUGCUUGCAAUACUGCUUGUCAUGAAACACCUGGGAAAAUCGAGGAAGUACUUGCGAUUCUUGAGAGCUGCAGGUCCUCUUACAGCAGUAGUUCUGGGAACAACUUUUGCAAAAAUAUUUCAUCCAUCAUCAAUUUCUUUGGUGGGUGAUAUACCUCAAGGCCUACCAAAAUUUUCUGUUCCAAAAUCUUUCGAGUAUGCACAGUCCUUAAUUCCAACUGCUCUUCUCAUAACUGGUGUGGCUAUAUUGGAAUCAGUGGGAAUUGCGAAGGCAUUAGCUGCAAAGAAUGGGUACGAGUUGGAUUCAAAUCAAGAGUUGUUCGGUCUUGGUGUUUCCAAUGUUCUUGGUUCAUUUUUUUCAGCAUACCCCACAACAGGAUCCUUUUCAAGGUCAGCUGUAAAUCAUGAAAGUGGUGCAAAAUCUGGUGUAUCUGGGAUUGUUUCAGGAAUUAUAAUGACCUGUGCACUUUUGUUUCUAACACCAUUAUUUGAGUACAUACCUCAGUGUACCCUUGCUGCCAUUGUGAUCUCUGCUGUGAUAGGUCUGGUAGAUUAUGAUGAGGCCAUUUUUUUGUGGCGUGUAGAUAAGAAAGAUUUUCUUCUUUGGACCAUUACUAGCACUACAACAUUGUUCCUUGGUAUUGAGAUUGGGGUCCUUGUUGGGGUUGGGGUUUCACUUGCGUUUGUCAUUCAUGAGUCUGCAAAUCCACAUAUUGCUGUUUUGGGUCGUUUGCCAGGGACAACUGUUUAUAGGAAUGUUAAACAGUAUCCUGAAGCAUAUACAUACAAUGGAAUUGUAAUCGUUCGUGUUGAUGCUCCAAUUUAUUUUGCAAACACAAGUUACAUCAAGGACAGGUUGCGUGAAUAUGAAGUUGAUGUUGAUCGUUCUAAAAGACGUGGACCUGAGGUUGAAAGAAUUUAUUUCGUGAUUCUAGAGAUGGCACCUGUGACAUACAUAGAUUCUAGUGCUGUUCAGGCUUUGAAAGACUUGUAUCAGGAGUACAAAUUACGGGACAUUCAGAUUGCAAUAUCCAAUCCAAGUCCAGAAGUUCUGCUUACCUUGUCUAGAUCGGGUCUGGUGGAGUUGAUAGGCAAAGAAUGGUACUUUGUGAGAGUACAUGAUGCUGUUCAAGUUUGCUUGCAACAUGUUCAAAGCUUGAAAGGAGCAUCUAACAGUCCACAAGCACCAUUCUCUUCAGUAGAGAACAAACCAAGUUUGUUUGCACGAUUAUCAAAAGAGAGAGUGGAGAAGCUUUCAAUUACCGACUUGGAGUCUGGUAAUGGCAGGCCUCCACUCCCCGAGGAGAGAGAUUCCAAAUUGGAGCCAUUGUUGUCUAAAGAUCAUUGAAGUCUACUUUGUAUCAUAAGGUAAAAAGUGUAUUUAGCCAUUCUUUCAGAAAAAAUAAAACGAAUAGGUUAAAGUUAAACCGGGUGUAAUCAAGCCAACGUUAAAAAAUAGCUUGUGUAAUAUUUGAUUGGCCGGUUGUUGUAAAAUUAAAUGAAUUUUUAAGAAUGGUUUUAUUAUGUAAAUCUCCUGUCAGCUGUGUAUCUCUAAUACGAAAAUCUUGUUAAAUUAUGAAA